CCUGCCCCCAGCGCGGCGCAGGCGGGGACCCACCGGUUUCGCUCUGUCCGCAGCAGAGAAGAGAAGGGAGGACCCUAGGGAACUGGACCUCUGUGUCUGGUCGCCCAGCCUUGCUGCGGCUUGGGCCCACAUGGAGGGGACCGCGGAGUCCCAGACGCCUGACUUGCGAGACGUGGAGGGCAAGGUGGGCAGGAAGACCCCCGAAGGGCUGCUCCGCGGGCUUCGAGGCGAGUGGGAGAUGGGGACCUCUGGGGACCUGCUGCUCCCAGGGGCGCCCGGCACCGGCCACGGCCUGGGGGACAAGAUUAUGGCGCUGAGGAUGGAGCUGGCUUACCUUCGAGCUAUUGAUGUGAAGAUCCUGCAGCAGCUGGUGACCUUGAACGAGGGUAUUGAGGCAGUGCGUUGGCUGCUGGAGGAGCGGGGAACGCUGACCAGCCAUUGUAGCAGCCUCACCAGCAGUCAAUAUAGCCUGACAGGUGGAAGCCCAGGCCGCUCCAGGCGGGGAAGUUGGGACAGCCUGCCAGAUACCAGCUCAACUGACCGGCUAGACAGUGUCUCUAUUGGCAGUUUCUUGGACACUGUGGCUCCCAGAGAGCUGGAUGAACAAGGACCCCCUGGGCCUUCCUGUCCUGAGAUUGACUGGGCAAAGGUUAUACCCAAUGAAGACAGGGCCAGGACUGAGGUGGACAUGACAUCCACUACGCUAGGGAGCUUAACAGCUACAUGGACGCUCCCAGGAGAUGGGCUUCAAGGUGGACCACCCGAGCUAUCAGAGGAUGACAGUGCUAAGCAGGGCUUUGAGGCUCAUUGGUACUGGGGACAGUGCCAGGAUGAUGUGACCUUCUUGUAAAAGCUUUUCUACCUUUUUGUGCUUUGUGGCUCAACUUUUGGCCCAAGCCUCCCUCAAUUUUCCCUCAAUCUCCAACUAGACAGAAACUAUAUUGAAAUCACUUACCACAGAAAUCUGGCUUCUCUCUCUGGUCUCUAGGGAGCCUCUGCACUUAUCUCUCAAUUAUUGGGUCCCUAGAGCUAUUUCCAUAGAGAUAUCGACUCUAGAGACCUAGCCUGUGGUUCGUGAUGUAAGGGUAUCUCCAUGCCCCUCCCCGGUAAGGUGAAGUUUUAUGAAAUAGGGCCUCUAGGACAUCACUGAAGAAGAGAUGGGGAAUAUCACCUCAUCCAAAGCCUGGGAGCCUGGGAUGCCUCUUACAAAAAAAUGGAGAAUUGAGGAGGGGCAUUUGGGGCCAAACUUCCAUGGACUGGCCCUUCUAGAUGCCUUUGGAGUUGGGAGACCAACCCUUUCCUGCCUGCUGAGUGAUGUGAUUUCCUUUUAAGAUACACCAAGAAUGCUUCCUCUGUACAGUCCCGGCUGGUGUGUGAUCGGUCUGUAUAGAGGGUAUUCUGGUCCCUGUUGUCUGCCAUUGUCUCUUACAAGAGGGAACACAUUGCUCUUCCUGCAGGUGUCUGUCAUGCUUUUCUCAAGUUCUGACUUUUCAAACAUGAUGUCUUUUCAUUUUUUCUCAAGGAUCUCACUUCUGUGGCUACAUCUCUGUUCGGAGCUGUAGGAUACUCUUAUUGAGAAAGAAACUCAGAGGCCUCCACCCGGGCUCUCAAAUCUGCUUGGCUCACUUUACUGUAGACCCCUAUCUUGCCCUGGUCCUGGCCUGCCCCAUCCCUGUUUCCUGCUUCCAAAUGUGUCUGCCAGGAGUUCAGCUUGAGUGUCUUCUCAGCCCCCUCUUUCGGCCUCUGCAUUUUUAUGUGCCUCUCAUCCCACUGUUGUUUGGAAAUAAGGAGAGUGAGUUCUCAGAGUUCUGGGGACACUCUCAGAUGGUGGGAUGAUCUUGUCAUCUCUGACUCUGUGCUUACCCUCCCUCAUCCUGGCCAGCCUUCCACCAUUUGGUCAUAAGAAUACCUUUCUGAAAUUGAGACACAAGGAAGUCCCUUGUCUGAGCUGGGUGUGGGAGCGUGGCAGGAAAAGACAGGACCUGUAGUCCCUGGGUCUCAUCAAGGGGAAGAGACUGGAAAGUCCUUCAGGGCAAGCCCGUGACUCCUGACUUGAGGGGUAAUUGGGAGUGGCCCUAGGGUUGGAUCCCAAGGCCCUAGCUAAUUACACCAGAGAAGAAAUUCAGGGAAAUUGCCAGUUCUGGGGCUCAGGGAAGAGGCAGGCCCAGAGAAGAGGACCACAAAGGAUGUGGUUAAUACCUAAACAAAUAAGCCCUGCACUCAGGAGGCAGAGGCAGGUUGAUCUCUAUGAUUUCCAGGCCAGA